AUGGCCUCUCAAGAGACUAGGCAAUACCUGGGACGUCUGCUGCCAAGCUCCGUCAAUAUCAGGCGCCGACCACCGCUCAACGCCAAUCCAGUUUCACGCAGCAGCACCAGCAACUCCUUCAGGAGGGCACAGACAGGCCAAAAUGCCGUAUUGCCCUUGUCGGACGAGAACGAUACCAAUAGGGCAAACGUGACUAUGCCAACUGUAUCUGACUUUCUGAAGCUCAAGAAGGAGUUCGAGGAACUGCAGCGCGGGAUACUAGAGCAGAGGGUCAAGGUAGAAGCCCAGGCAGAGCAGCCGCCGUUUGCCGCUGAGCGUCCAUCUGAGUUUACCUCGGAUCUAUCUUCCAUCGCCGAGGAGGACAAUGCAACCCCUCGGCCAACUUUCCGUAUUUUUACCAGCAGCCCUAAUAUUCACAGCAAUCAGAAUGCCAAUUCGACUCCAAUGAGCGGCCAAUCUUCAGCCACUGCAACAUCGGCCCCAGAGGCAGUUGGCUCCACAUUGGGCCCAAUAGCUGCACAUCUUAUAAUCCGUUCGAAUCGUCGUGUUCACGUUAUUCAGGAUACCAGUAAUGGCCAGGAUCAAAGGCCUCUGCGCCGCAGCUCCCGUAUUGCCGGUCAAUCGGGAGGGCCGCCAACUGAAUCUAACGAAGGAGCUGCUAGCACUGAAGGGACAUCCCAAACACGUGCCACGUCAGCGGCUGCCGCUGAUAGUACCGUGGGAUCCCAAAAUGAGCGCUUGCUCAAGCAUCGCGCCGAGCUAUUAUCCUUGCUGAAUACGGCUAGCGUUAAGGAUUUGCAGACUUUGCCUCUAAUUGGCCCGAAAACUGCAAUGGCAUUGGUCAUGCACCGCUCGGUGUUGGGUGAGUUCGAGGACUGGAAGCAAGUGGAGAAGCUGCCCAUUUGGAAGGACGUCAGCUGGUCUCGUUUCGCCAAGGCAGUUUGCAUUGAGAUUGAGCAAUAAUCCAUUUCUUUCUUUCCAAAUUUGUAUUUAGCUUUCCAGGCAAUAUGAAUCUAAACAUCUCACAUAGAGGAGCACCAACUUGGAUUGCAUGACUU